UGAGGAAUCAUUACAGAAAUCUUUUAUCAGACACACAGCUGUUGGAUGGCGGUUUUACAAAUAUUUGCACAACGCGUUUCCGUUCCGAGUUAAAAGUUAAGGAGAUCCAUUUGGGCGGAACAGUGCAGGAAAUCUGAUAACUUUGAACUUCAGUUUUGGAGCUUUUUUUUUGUUUUUGUGUCUGAAAUAUUUAGCAACAAUUGAACAAACUGCGUAAUUUAGGAGGCUGGUGGUUCCUGUGCCCGGAUCUGUGUUUGCAGAAACUGGAUUGCGACUUGUUGCUGCAGGACUUGUUACUGAGCUCCCUGCUGCUGAUCAGCCAUUGUGAACGUCGAGAAAGGGGGCAAGGUCUAGUUCAUUUGCCCGCUGGCUUCAGUGUUAGCUGUAUGCGUGAAAGAAACUGUUGGAUGAACACUUGGAUGAGCCAUGAGGCUGCUGGUCCCGGUCAAAUCGGACUGCCUGCCACCAGGAAUGGAUUAGUAUGUUUUUUUCCGAGUGUUUGUAAAUGCUCUUUUAUUUGCGUACCGCACUGUGUUGAUUGUUUUUGGAGCCUUCUGAUGCGCCAACUCCAAAAAAUGUGCACAUAGCUCACUUGUUGCGGAGGUUUGUGAUUAAAUGUAGGAGGAGGAGGAGGAGAGAAUAAAUCCCGCAGCACUUUGUCCUCUCAUUCCUGCCUGCCGGACGAACUUGUUUUUGGCUGUUUUGUUUUGUUUUUGACAUCUUCAUCACUCCCGCUUGGGGACCACCAUGAAGAAGAUGGCAUCCAAACAACCCUGGACUCACAUCAUCAUUACCAUCAUUACAUUAUCGUCCAUAUUGUCCCUAGUCCUGUGCAACACAGAGGCAGAUGUCCCAGAGGAAGAAGGAUUCAGUGCUGAGGCAUGGCUUCGUAAGUUUGGCUACCUGUCUCAGGCGAGCAGACAGAUGUCCACCAUGCAGUCGGCUCAGAUUCUUUCCAAAGCCAUCAGCAACAUGCAACGCUUCUAUGGCCUAGAGGUGACAGGAGUGAUGGACCCCGCCACUGUCAUGGCAAUGCGUCGGCCUCGCUGUGGCCUCCCAGACAGGAAAGCUGUGGACAUAGAUGAUGGUGCGAGGAAGAAACGCUACGCUCUCACUGGACAGCAGUGGGACAAAGACCACAUCACUUACAGUAUCAUGAACCAGCAAAUCCCCUCCUCGCUGGGCGUGGAGCGGACUUUCGGUGCAAUACGUGAAGCCUUCGAUGUGUGGAGACGGGUCACGCCGCUCACCUUUGAGGAGUUACCUGCUGUAAAUAACAUCAACGUCAACAGCAGCCAGGAGCUCGCUGAUAUUCUGUUGUUGUUUGCCUCUGGUUUUCAUGGUGAUAUGUCUUUAUUCGAUGGCGAGGGUGGGUCACUGGCACACGCCUACUACCCUGGACCAGGAGUAGGUGGGGAUACACACUUUGAUGCUGAUGAGCCUUGGACACUGGACAGCCACAACCCAGAAGGUGUGGACCUCUUCCUAGUAGCGGUUCAUGAGCUUGGUCAUGCUUUGGGUCUGGAGCACUCAGAUAACCCCAGUGCCAUAAUGGCUCCUUUCUACCAAUGGACUGACACACACAACUUUACAUUACAUGAGGAUGACAUCAAAGGAAUACAGUACAUAUACGGUUCUCCUCUUGUCACUGAUACUACAUCUCCUUCACCUCCCGCCCGUGACGACGAACCCAAAGAUAACUCCCCAACCUCACAUUCUCCUCCUGUAGAUGAUCCCACCUUCACUUCUCCCACCGACCCCCCACUUGAAUCACCCAAAUCAACUGACAGCAUCCCACAUCCCCCAGCUCAGCCAGAGCCAACCCCCAGCCCUACCUCACCUCCUGUCCUCCCCACCUCCACCACCACCGCCUCAAAGCCUGAACCGGAGCCCGUCACCCCGACCAUUAGAAAAGAUGUCCCACCUCCUCCGCCUCCACCUCGGCCCCCUGCUCCUCCCCGACCUCCCAAACUGCCGGACAACCAGGCCCCCGAUAUCUGUGAUGGCGACUUUGACACGGUGACGAUGCUGAGGGGCGAGAUGUUUGUUUUCAAGGGUCGCUGGUUCUGGCGUGUGAGAAGGAACCGGGUCUUGGAUAACUACCCCAUGCCUAUAUCUGUCUUCUGGAUCGGCCUGCCUAGUGACAUCGACGCAGCCUAUGAGCGCCACGAUGGAAAAUUUGUCUUCUUUAAAGAUGAUAGAUACUGGAUUUUCAGGGAGGCUGACGUGCUGCCAGGAUACCCACAGCCGUUGCGUGAAUAUGGACAGGGAGUCCCUGCACAUAAGAUUGACACAGCAAUCUGGUGGGAACCUAACGGGCUCACAUACUUCUUCUCUGGAGACAGAUAUUGGCGAUACAAUGAGGAGACCCGGACGACAGAUCGUGACUUCCCAAAGCCAAACAGCAGAUGGGGCAGGAUCCCUGACUCACCCAAAGGGGCCUUCCUCAGUGAUGACGGUGCUUACACCUAUUUCUACAAAGGUGCCAACUAUUGGAGGUUUGACAACCACAAGAUAGAGGCAGACAAAGGCUACCCUCGCUCCAUCCUGAAGGAUUUCAUGGGCUGUGUGGGAGCGCCUGACCCUAAGCCCGAUAAAGACACUGAGCAGGAACCAACAGACAAACCAGUCAACCCUUCAGACCGAGGCAAAGAUGAGCACAAAGAGCCGGACAGGGGCAAAGACACAAACCCAGAGGAAGACCAAACCUCUAAGCCUGACAGCAAAGAGGAAGACGAGGACAAAGAGGUGAACGUGGUCGUGAUGGUGGCUGACAAUGAAUCAAAGGUCAUGACCCUGAUCAUGGUGAUUGUCCCUCUGGUGCUCAUCCUGUGCAUCCUCGUCCUAAUCUACGCCAUCCUCAGGACUCUGCAGAACAAAGAGACGCCGAGGGCCUUGGUGCACUGCAAACGUUCGUUGCAGGACUGGGUGUGAGGCACAGAAUUAGAAGAGAUAGAACGGGUAUUCAUCAUUUGUUGGCAUCACAAUUUUUACUUAGGGCACAGUGGGAAGAAUUUUGGACACAGUACUAGUCUAAGAAAGCAGAGGAUGGGCCCCAUUCAUUGUGAGAACGUCUAUCACUCAAGUGAAAUAAUGCAAAAGUGGUAAAGUCGUUGCAGGAGCUACAGUUUCCCUCUACUGGCCUUGAAGUUUUUCUCCUCUGCCUCCCUUUGUGCCUUCCAAAUGUCUGUUUCUUGAAAAUAAUCACAUUUAUUCCAUCACAACAUUUAAAAAAAAAAGAUGUCAGCCACCAAAUGUGUACUGUAGAAGACAUGUGACACACUAGGAAUGUCCGCCUCUAUCAAUUCUAAUUGUACAUAGGAGGGACAGAUGAUUUAUUUGUAGUACAAAUGCAGACAAAGUCAAUAAUGCACAUACAUGACACAGACGCACAUACACACAAACAUGAGUGCUUAUAGCUAUGAAAACAAAUAGACAUGCCUUUAAUAUGAACAAGUCUUCCAUAUGCUUGACUGUGCUGUCUCAACCAAUCUUGACCUUUUUCUUCGUUCAGAACAGAUAAUUUUGCACUUUUUGAUUCUGUUUGUUGUCAUCUUUGUUCUGCUGAGGUUGCUUCACUGCAGAUAUGUGUGUGCAGAAGAAGCUCGUCCUCCUAACAGGGCAGGAAUGUCAGACAGCUGUGUGCGUCCAUGACCGCCCCUCUCCCACCGAGCCCAUCAUGUCUGCCCUCUCUCACACACACACACAUGCACCAAACGUCACAUGAUCUUAAAAAGCACUCAUUUGUGCAUGCAUGUCCACAUAUGCAGACACACACACACACACACACACACACACACACACACCAUAGAGACCACUUACCCAAACAAAGGCACAUAGAGUUUUUGCACACAGACACACGGGCUCCAGCCUCCCCUCCUCCCACACCAGCCACGAUAACUGUUCAGACUGGACCACUAAAAACACAAUCCCAGAGGAGACAUAUUGAUAUAUGACUGGUGCCAGGGCUGGGAUGUAAUGCAAGGCGGGGGAUCGUGGGUGGGGGAGUUAUUACAAAUUUAACGCAAAGACAAGUUUUAUGGUAAUUUAGAAAUUCAGCACAUCUCAUCUUGACCUGUGAAGAGUAAAAGUAUAGCAGCAGCAUCCGUCUCUCUGUAGCUCAUCUUCAUCUAAAGCUAAAGAGACUCCAAGCUAAUUAAAUGUACAAGGGAGAAGCCUGCAGCCUUUAGAGGAAUGGGUUAGGGUCUGGUUUCCAUUAAGCCCACAUGCUGCUGAUUUAGUAGUGUCAGGCACGAGGAAGGGUAGGAGAGAGGGGAGUUGGGGAAAAAAAGAGCGAGGUAUAAAAAUGGUCUUGGGGAGUGAGGAGAAAGGGGAAAUGAGAGAAUGAAAUGACGAGGGAAAGAAAAAGAGAGAGAGAGAGAAAAAGGGGGGAAGGCACAGAUUGAGUGGGGGCGAGAGGGAGGACUGCCAAAAUUUCCUCUCCAGUUUUCUCUGGGAAAGGAGGAGCGAGGGAAAGAAAGAGAGGAAGGAUUUUGGGGAGGGGCAGCGCUGGCGUUGUGCCUCCUGACCUAGAUCGGGACACCAUCCACUCCUUCUUUUUCAAGCCUUCUUGUUUUUGCUCUGCUUGUUGUCAUGAACUGGAGAUGACUUCCUGUGUGACCCCCCUCUUCCUCCCUUCCAUUUUUUCCAUCCUCAGUCUGUCUUUCUGUCUGUUUUUUUUGUUUUGUUUUUGUUUUAUUGCUGUAUUCACCCCCACUCCUGCACUCCCAGAUUUUUCAUUUUCUUCUCUACUCUUCUGGAAAGUUAGCUCGAGCAUUUAAAAGAUGCCUGAAGCACAGACACAUCUGCAGGAAACAAUUCUGUCUUAAUGUGUCCAUUGAGCCUCACACUAUCUAUCUGUCUCUGUAAAGCCACUAUUCACAUUAUUACCAUUCACUUUAGGUUUGAGCCCUUAGAUUGUGCCUAUAAUCUGUUUUACACGUGUCAUUGUGUCUUUUUUCUGUGAAUAUUUGGGGGGCUUUAUUU